ACAUUUGAUUUCAGUUAACAAGUAUGGCUAUCAUAUCUGUGAAGGCCCUGGUGCUUACACAACUUUCAGUUCUAGCAGUUUGCUCCUUUUUAGAACAGAGUCAUGGAAUAGACAUUAAAACUUCGUCUCAUGCAACUCUUCUGCGUUUUAAGUUUCCACCCGUCCCACGUAAACGUCCUCCACCUAGGCAGCAACCACCACCACGAGUUAAGUCGCCACCACCACCAGUUACGUCACCACCGCCACCGGUUAAGUCUCCACCACCACCACCAGAUGCUGAGCAACCACCUCCUCCUCCUCCAGAUGCUGAGCAACCACCACCUCCUCCACCAGAUGCAGAGCAACCACCACCACCACCAGAUGCUGAACAACCACCACCACCGGAUGCUCAGCCACCGUCACCAUCACCAGACACAGAUUAUACAGACGCACCAUCUCCAUCACCAGACGCAGAAUAUAUAGACGCACCAUCUCCAUCACCGGAUUCUCAGGUACCAGUUAUGGCACCGACACCACCAGAUGCUCGUUUCGUUGGAAAUUCACUAAUCAUGCGUGGCCUUCAUUAUUAGAGAAAAAAUAGUCAUGUAGAAGGAAGGAAGAACAACAGUAUGGAACGAUUAAGUUCGUGUUCGUAAAAUCUUUUUCCUUUUCCCUUCUCUAGUUUAAAAUGAAAGAAAAAUUAAUGAAGAUCAGAUGUUGAUUUUCAUUCGUACAUCCAAAUUAUUGUGAAACUUACAAAGACUUUGAAUAGAAAUAAGUAGUAACUAU